UCACAUAUAUACUUCUGAAAGUUUAAGGUUAUUUUGUGUAUAACAAUAAGUUAAUAUCUGUACUUGCAUCUAGUACAGAUUAAAUAUAUAAUUUAAGGUAAACGACUUAUCAACGUUAGAUAACCUACGAUCUGCAAUUGAAUAAUUAUACAAUGUCUACACGUUGGUACCCUAUCUAUCAAAAAGGUAACCCACAGCUUAGAGUUUACCUCCCAAAUUUUUGGCUGAAACUAGUUACACCACCCAUAAAACAACUGAAAAAUGUUGUACAGUUUCAUUGUUCAAUGGAAAUGACAAUGCACGAUAUACAUAAUUACUUAGAAAAGAUUUACAAUGUGUACCCUGUUCAAGUUGUUACUAAAAUUAAAGCGGGAUACACUAGACAUUGCCCACAAUUGAAAUGUAUUGUUAAAGAUGAUGAUAUCAAGAUAGCCUAUGUUACUUUGAACAAAGAUGAAACAUUCACAUAUCCAGAUCUGUUUCCAAAAUCAAAUGAAAAAAAUGAAGAAAAAAGUAUUGAAGAGUACAAAAAAGAAAAUGAAGAAUAUACAGGGGCAAACAAAAUGCCAGGUUUACCCUCUUGGUUUAGGAUAUAA